GAAGUUCAUGAAAUUAGCAGAGAAGUUCCGAAUGCAGGGCAACUGUUGUAAACAAGAUGGAGACUGUUGCUCUGUGUUGGCAGGUGACAAGUGUGAUAAAUUCGCUUUAGUCUUCUGGAUUUUUAGGAUAGACAGUCUUCGAUCUUCAAAAAAAGUAUAGAUGAAACAAAUUUUAAAACAAAUCCCCGACGUAUUACCGUAUCAUUAAUAAAGGACGCAGAGAGAUAUGGUGUUCGAAAGUAGAAAAAAAACCUCGCCAUCGAAAUUAUUGGCACUGGAUCCAUACAAAAAGAAUGCCUAUUCUCAGAAUGUGACUUUUGAUAUCCGUCACCUUGACAAAGCCCCUGCCACACGGAACCCUGUGGUCAGUGAAUCAGAGGAUGGCUAUAACCCAGAGGUCAGUGCAAAGAAGACCCCAGCCAAGGACUGGGAGCUGGAUGUCCGAGCCCUGAUCUCCUCCAGGAAAUGGCUACAGAAUUAUGGCCUGAAGAAAAACCGUCUGACUUUUUACCAGAUCUUACCCGUCAUUGGAUUCAAACUUAGUGAUGAUUUUGACAGAACUCUUAAAAGACCAGUUUCAUCAAGAUAUGGAACAGGACUGUUCAGCACUUUGUUUCAUCCUGGAGAAGGAAAAACAUUCAAUAUAACAUGUGGAAGAGAAAUGCUGAAACAGAUAGAGGGAAGGUUGACGCAAGCCAUCAGCCUAUUCAACAGAAGGCUGGAAUGGCUGACAACAGAAAGCAGACGUCUGUUUGGUGUUGUUGAGGAAAAAGCUAUCACAAUUGUCCUUGACAUUCGCAACAUGUCACCUCAGCAAUUCGACCAGUAUAGAAUAGCCUUAGAAACUGUCAUCUUUGAACAACUAACACAAAUCUCCAAGUUCAAUAUCAUUAGAUCAGCUGAUGAUAUGCAGUUGUAUCAUCCUGAAUGUGUUCCUGUGACCCAUGACACAAUUCAAGGAGCUGUUGAUUGGCUGUGGGACUUAGACAGACUUGCAUCAGUGUCCAAAACAGCUACCGCUGAAGCAGUGCUCAAAGCAAUGAUGGACGAUCACAAUGAAGCAGUGUAUUUGUUCACAGAGGGUAAUUCUAUUGAAUCUUGCAAGGGACUGUUAAAAGAGAAGGUGCAGUCUUCGUCAAGGAAAAUCCCCCUUCACAUGGUGUCUUACAACUGUGAUUCAUCUGAUACAGUCAGGUUUCUGCGAGAAUUUGCAAAGGGAAUGGGAUCAAAAUUCCAUGCAUAUGCAGUAAUUAUGGAGAUGGAUGCUUAUGAAGGUCAACCUUUGGAACCCAAAACAAACAAAGCCAACAUUGUAUUGAAAAAGAAGACUUUUGGAGGGGUUCCCCCUGGGGCAGGAAUGAGGGAGGAUGUGAUGCUAAUAUUUGAGGAGUUGGAGGAGGCCCGGAAUGUCCGCUCACAGAUUCAGGCCCUGACAGAACAUGUUCCAGAACCUAAGAUUCAAAUUGAAUCACAAAUCAGUAAAUGGGACAAAGAAGAUCUUCAAGAACAAUACAUGGGAACAAGAGAGUGGCUGACGAAAUACGGACUGAAUGCACGCAAACUAGAAUUGUUUGAUGUAUUGGCGUCAGUGGCGUUCAAACACCAGGACGGUGCCAUAGAUAUUAACAUGAAACCGGAGGACAAUACCCAGACUGAUGCCAUAAAACAUACCAAACUUGUGAAUGCUAGAUACUGUGAUCGAUUCCCUAUUGUGAAAUGGAGGGAUGGUCGUGUUGUUCAUGUUCAGGUGACACCCGAACUUCACAGAGAGUAUGAACGCAGAAUGACAGUGGCUAUCAACUCUUUUCAUCAAAGAAUUGAUUGGUUGAACAAGGGGAGCAGAGCCCUGUUUGGUACUGUCAUCGAAGAUCAGAUUUACAUCCUUAUAGACACAUCAGCUUCUAUGCUACCCAGUAUUCAGUACCUCAAGGAUAAACUCUUUCUACUCAUGCAAGAGCAAAUAAGACACAAGAAGAAGUUUAAUCUAAUUUCCUUCAACUCCAAAGCCACUGCAUGGCAGAACCGACUGGUUGAGAUAUCGGAGCUGAGUCUGAAGGGAGCAUGGAAGUGGAUUCAGGGUUUGUCGUGCUGGGGCUCCACUAACACUUAUUCUGCCCUUCAGCAUGCUCUGUCUGACCCAGGAACUCAGGCUAUCUACCUGCUCACUGAUGGAAGACCAGAUCAGCCACCUAAAUCCAUCAUUGCUCAAGUCCAGAUGCAACACACUGUUCCCGUUCAUUCAAUUUCAUUUAACUGUAAUGACAAGGAGGCCAAUGAAUUCCUGUUUGACCUUGCAAAGGCCACUGGAGGAAGAUAUCAUUAUUUCUCUGAGAAAGGCAAGGACCUAGAUCAACCAGAAUCAUGGGAGAGUGAAGACAUUCGUCUGAUCAAGGAAGAGAUUCAGAGAGGACUAGAGGCUUUGGACAAGGUGGAGGAACUGAGAGAUGAAUGCUCCAAUCUGUCCUACAAAAAGGAAGUGUCAGACUUAAAGAAAUGCAGCAGAGAUCAUGUGAUAUCCAACACUGACAGAACAUCAGCAGUCCCCCCACUGGAUACCAAAGAUCUCUACAGAUCCACCCCAUCUCCACCUCCCAGACCAAAGAGUGCACCUCCCGUCCAGUCCCCCAGAUACACCCCAACUCCCCCUAAAUCUGCCAGACCUUCCAUUUCUUCAGAUUUCCGUCCUACUCCCUCCACAGGGAGACCACAAUCAUCCAGACCCCAGUCUUCAAGACCACGCAGCUCUAAGUCAGCAUCCUCCAAAACAGCUCUUAGUGCCAUUUAUAAGAGAAAAAUGUCCCGUCAUAUUGGUCACACUAAAACCAGCAUGCUACGCACUUUGAACAGCAGUGGACGUUUUUCGCCCAAUGAAUGGCUUUUGCCAGAAACCAGAGCCUUGUUUGAAAAACAAGCUGAAAGACAGAAACAGUUGGCUAUAGUUUUACAGAGAUUCAAUAUGUCCCCUUAUGUGGUGGAUCCUAAUGAGGCAGAAGGAAAUGAGGGUAGAAAAUUAAAGAAGAAGAAAGUUUUAAGGUCCAAGGAAAUGUCAUCCAAAAUGUGGCUCAGCAAAAACGGACUUGUUGCCAAGAAGAUGACCAUUCUUGAUGCCCUUUCUCCUACCAUGAUCCCCCACAAAACCAAAUAUGUUCCUAUACUGGAUAAGCAUAUAGUGGCCAAAGUUUUUGAUGAAAUUUUACCUGUUGCCCAUGUGUCCAGCAGGGCCAAACACCAGAUAACCCUGGUCAACCCUGUAGCAGUGGAUCUGAUAGGCUACAAACAUAAAGUACAGAAAUGUAUAGACCAGUAUAAAGCGAGAUUGAAUCGUAUUGUGUGGAAUGCACUGCCAGAAACUGCAAAAGCUGAAUUUGAUUCGAUGGAGCCUGUUUCAUUUGAAGACAACAGACUAAAGUUGAUGAGAGCCUUAGAUAAUGCAGGCUGGCCAAUCAGAGAGCGAGACAUAUUACUACUUGAAAAAGAAAUAGAAAGAGGAGAGAAAUACAAAGAACAGGCGGAGGACUUACGGCGAGCCUCUGAUCCCAACAGACAGGAGAGUUUCGAUGACCUGAUGAGGAAUCGCAGUCCACUGAGCAGCAGGAGUUCUUCAUCCAGGAGCAGCAGAAGCAGCAGUAGACACAGCAGUAGAAGCAGCAGAAGCAGACGCUCCCGCAGUGAGAGUCCGAGAAGUCCUAGGAGCAGGACUCCAAGUAGAAGUCCUAGUCCAUCUAGAAGUAAUAAGGAUGAGGAUUACCUUAAUGUUUAUGAUGACAAAGCUAGCAUUGUGUCCAGUUUGACUGCAAAUUCUAACCCCGAUGAAGAGGGCCAUCGGAGUCACAACUGCCUUGACAGGAAGCCAGUCAAACUCAGAAAUCAACUUCUGAUGGAACAAGAGAAAGAAUUACCACAAAACAUCAUACGGCGAGUUCUGGAUACACUUAAAGGACAGAAUGUGGUUGCCAGGAGGGAUUCAGAUGGACUCUACUAUCCUGGAACUGUUGUGAAAUGCCCUGAUCCAAGACAUGCUCUGGUGGAGUUUGCAGACAAAGAACAGGUCCUUACACCUACCAGGCUAAUGAUCGCAACCAGUGGUGCCAUAGCCAGACCACAUCUCAGGAUUGGAGAUUGUGUUUUGGUGAAAGUCAUGAAUACGGACACAAAACUGGAGUGCUACGCCCCUGGAAUUGUGCAGGUUGUUCCUCAAAAUGAGACUGCUCAGGCCAAAUUCUACACAGUCAUGAUGUACAAUGGACAGCAGGCAACCAUCAUGAGGAACUAUGUAAUGAAGAUCAGCAAGUCCAGAUUUGAGUUUGCAAUUCGUUACAUUGCAGAAAUUCAAAUGCAGAACCAAGGGACCUUUGAUGACCAUGUUUAUGUGACAACACCGCGAUCAGCCAGACCUAAUGAUAAAGAGAGAAGAGGAAGAAAGGGAUAUAGGGAGAGAGAGAGGAAAGCUUCUCCUUCACCAGAGAUGGAGAUCUCUGUGGUCGAUCAGCCUGAGAGUGGUCCACUUUCUGAUAGAAAUUCUUUGCCAAUUGAGAGGCCUGCCAGUACCCGACCCCCAGCACCUACCCCUAACACAGCAAGAAGUGGCAAAACAAUGGACCCACUCCCAGAGGAGGAAGGUGCAAGAUCCAGAUCGCCAACUCCAACACCAAGAGCAUCACAGUCAAGAUCAAAUUCUAGAAGCCGAUCAAGGUCAGGUUCAAGAUCAAGGUCACGUUCAAAUUCAGGAGAGAGGGAUAAAAGAUCAAGAUCAAACUCAAUGACUGAUUUAAGGUCAUCAAAAUCACGAUCCAGGUCAAGGAGUAGUGAAAGUUCAACCUCACAAUCUCCUGUCAAUCUGAAGUGGAGGUCAGAGAGUGUAGAGAGAUUACAGAAGAGGAGCAAAAAGCUGAAGCAACUGAAAAAGCAAUUAACACAGCAACAAGAGCAAUUUGAAGUUCAGCAACAGAAAAUUCAUAAACAAGCAAAGAAACUGAAGAAAUUGAAGAAGAGAUUAAAGAAGAAGAAGAAAUAUGAAAAGUCAGUGAAAUCUGGCAGUCAGUCUGCUGUCAUAGAAGUGGAGGACUCAGAUGACUCUGAUGACAGCAAAGCAAAUCCCAGACCGGACUCACCAUCCUCAGUACAGGCCCCUGAGGUUACCUCUGGUCUCCUGAAGUUACGGAAAACACUGCCAUGUCUCAGAGAGGGAGAGGAAGUGAUGGCACGAUGGUCGGAUGAGGGCUGGUACUUUAGAGGUGUUGUGAAACAAGAUUGCAAUGACUUCAGUUACAUUAUUGAAGAUAGUACAAGAAUGUGUGAAAGAAUAUGGAGAGAGGAUAUCAUCACUGAUUAUGAUGAUGCCAAUCAAAUCAUUCAGCCCAAAGAUCCAGUUGUGGCCCUUCACCCUCACUACAGUUUCAGUUACGCACCAGGUAUUGUGUUGGAGGUCUACCAGAACCUACAAAUGAAAGUCCGAUUCUAUGAUGGCGAGGAAGACAAACUUCUGAGAGAAGAGAUUUAUAAACUGACUACAGAGAAGUUUGAGCAUGAUGUGAAUUACAUCAUUGAAUGCGAGACUCGAUGGGUGGGACAAGCAGUGGUUGCCAGGGAUGACAGGAUCGGAAGCUACCAUUUGGCAUCUGUGAAGGAGAGAGUGGGGAAUGGCAGGGAUUAUAUGUUAGAAUGGUGUGAUGGGGAGCAGGCCACUCAAACGUCCCAUCAUAUAUUUGGGGUCUUCACUAAGCACCACCCCUUAUCUGUUGGGGAUCAUGUUCUGGCCAUGUGGGACAAUCGCCAACAUGUGUACCUCCCAGGCUGGGUGGCAGGAAUUGUUGGAGAGAAAAUUAACAUUAAAUUCUGUGAUGGAGCUAUACGGGACGUGGAAGAUAUUUUGCAGUGUUUCUGGUUAAGCAGUGACUAUUACGAGAAUGCAGUUCUAUUCUACAACAAGUGCCAAACCCAGACGGAGGAAUCAGCAUAGUAUUGAUAGUGGGAUGUAUAUUAUGUGAACUGCUCUGUACUGUAACAUCACUUCUCAAUAGUCAGCACAUUUAUAUAUGUACAUGUAAUCAAAGAAUUUGGAUUUUAUGAGUAUGUACUUAGUGACAAAAGUAGAGCACAUUCCAAUUUGGCUAAUGAUGACCUUGCAACUGUGUAAAGUUUCAAGGACAUUGAGUUUGUGUAAAAUCCUACCAUAUUUUGUAUGUCCAAACAUAGCGUAAUACUGUCUUACAUGUAUGCAUAAAAAUAUUCCAUCUCAGCAAUUAUGCAAUAUAUUUGUAUUAUCACUUUACAAAACGGCAUUUAUGUGGUAGGUAUUUCUUUUAAGUAAUUUUCUGUUGAUUCAUUUGGAUAUUUGUUUUGGUGCUAGUAAGGAUCAUUAUUGAUAGUGAAUAUUAUAUGCACUAAUCAUAUUAUUUAAUUUAUGUGAUAUUUCAUGAAAUUCAGAACAUUUCCAAAAUAUUAUUUUAUAGUUUAGUGUUAUUUUCUGCAUACCUGUUGAUUUAGAUGUUUAAUGUAUUAAUUUAUUUUAGAAUGGCAGUUGUUUGUUUUGUGGACAAGAUUUUUGUUAUCCUUGUAGGUUUUUGCCCCUUGAUUUUAUGUACAUGACAUUACAUAUACAUGUACAAUAAUGUUUUACUCAUCCUUUGUACAAUGGAUUGUAUUACAUAUUGUUUUUGUUGAUUUUAAUGUAUAAUUGUUGAUGUGGUUUCCAUGGAAAGAUUUGUUACCGCAUUGUGUACAUGUAGUUUAUUGUAUUUGUCUCCCCCCAUUUCUCCAAGAAAAAAAUUAUUUUAAACAUAUACACAGUAACUAUUGCUUUGAUUGAGUGAAAAUUGACUACAUGUAGAUUUCUUGUAAUGUACAUUUUAUAUGUAUUGUCAAUAUGUACAUGCAUACAUGGCUAGCAUGACAUUUUGUUGUAUAUUAACUGUACCUGUAAUUAUAUAUACAUAUAGCAUUAUGAUUAGGUAUAUCAGUGAAAUGAAGAAUUUUUAUGACUUAAAAUGAACUUUGUGUGUGUAUAUGAACUAAAAUUUUACAUGGAGGUGUCUGUUUUCGAACUCUGUAAUAAUACUGCUUUGUAAUAUUUCUGGUGUACAAUGGAAGAAGAGUAUAUCUAAUAAAGACUUAAAUGAC